GGGGAGAGGGAGGCAGCCGCCGCAGCGAGCGCAGAACACACGCGCAGAACUGCGGAGAAACUAGAGGAAAAGUGUGGGUGUUGAACCCUCUCACCGGGAAAAGUGUGGGUGCGACGCCCGUGCAUUAAAGCCCAACACAGCAUGUUUCAUCUUACUGCUAAUCGUAGCUUUUUGUGCUUAGCUUCUGAUGCUAACUUCUCGAGUUUGACUUACUGAGUGUUGUGUCUCCGCCCUGAUGUCUACACACUUUUCCUGUCUGGUUUCCCCAUGUGCAGUGUGAAUCUGAAGUAACAUGGAGCAGAUCAGCAAACAUUACGGCAGGUACAAGAACUUCAACUUCCUCUGUGAGCUCACGUCUGUCGAGUACCUGGAUUCUCUCCAGAGCUUUGAAGUACGAGACUCUGACAUUUUCCUGGUCACUUAUCCAAAGUCUGGCACGAUCUGGACUCAGCAGGUCAUCAUCUCCAUCUGCGAGCUAAGCGGCGGCCUGAAUGAAUAUCCAAACAACUUUGAGCAGAUGCCGUGGCUGGAAUACACGGAGGGCCGUCCAGAUUACGCUCUGAGACCCUCUCCACGACUCUUUGCCACUCACCUCACACCGAUUCUCAUGCCUCCAGGUCUGAAGGACAAGAAGGCAAAGAUAAUCUAUGUGAUGAGGAAUCCAAAGGACAACAUCGUCUCCUAUUAUGAGUUCAGCAAAAUCUUUGCCGACACGGAGGUUCCCGAGGGCUUUGAGAGUUUUUUUGAGAAGUAUUUGGCGGGCAACGUUGGAGCAUCGUCGUGGUUUGACCACAUCAGGGUGUGGAACUCAGCGAGAGACGAGUACAACAUCCUCUUCCUGACCUAUGAGGACAUGAUUCUGGACCUGAAGGGGGCAGUAACUAAGAUCUGCAGCUUCUUAGGGAGAACCCUCAGCGACAACGCCAUCGAUCAAGUCGUAGAAAAAUCCACAUUCAAGACGAUGAAGAAGGACUCAAAGGCAAAUUACAAGUUUAUCCCAAAGGAGAGGCUCAGUGGAGACUUCAUGCGCAAAGGUCAGAUCGGUGACUGGAAGAACUUCCUCACAGCUGCUCAGAGUGAGAGAGUUGAUCAACUGGUUCAGGAGAAACUGGGUGAUCUGUCUCUGAAGAUCAUCUAUGAAUAAAAAAAAAAAAAAAUCUAUGAUCUUAUUCCUGUGAAGAUCCGAGAGUGACUAACGUGCUGAUGGUUUCCAGCUAGGAUGCUUCUAAUGGUGCUUUUCCAUUAUACAGUUCUAGUACGACUCGGCUUCCAAGCGAGCUGAGCCGAUACUAUAAUGUGACGUCAGACUGCCGCGAGUGUCGGUCACUAGAAGAGUCAUGAGCGCGACGUCCGACACAAGAAUCAAAGCCAACAAUGUCCAACUGUAAAUCAGUUAAAAAGACUUAAACAUUCGUAAAACAUUGACGUUAACCUCCAACAUUUAGCAAAGGAAAUGUCUACUAUCUCAGUAUUUAACAGCGGAGUCUGGUGUAGAGACAGCACUGCUGAAAGCCGACGAUCUUGAGCCAAAUCACGACCACGUUCAGUCGUCGGGUUGUCUCGAACCAACUGAUUCUAAUAAUUCAGUUACACCCAAAACAACCACUUUACAAGUCACUCAUUUGUGCGUUUGUGUCACAUACAAAAAACCACGUCACAGCAGUUUCACGCAGCUGUGAUAUGACGACUCCGCCAACAUUGCGUCGAGCAGUAGCGAGAACUGUCGAAUGGAAAAGUGCCAUCGUAGUUUCUAUCGUAGCUGCUGUCAAUAAACAUGAAACAAGA